UUUCUAUCUAGGUCUUAUGUCUUACUGUUAUGUAUCAAUGUUCGGAUCUGAUUAUAAAUGAAUGUGUGUCUUCCUAGUAGUUCUAUUUUUUUGGGAGUCUAUCAUACACUCUCGUAUGGAGCUUUUCCAUGGACAGUAUUAUGAUCGACCAUAGCAUUUCACGUCGAAAUUGACCCCCUUAGUGGUUUUGUAUGGUCAUCGUCCCUUUGCGUAGUAGAAACUAACAUAAAAUUUUCAAACAGGCUGUACAAAGAGUGUUAUUAUAUGACAGGCAUAGAGAUAUGAGGCUUGAUGUUGAUAAUGUCUUAUGAGGAGCUACUUGCAUUGACAGAGAGAAUAGGGAAUGUGAGCACUGGAAUUAGUGAAGAAACUAUUGUGAAGUGCCUGAAGCAGAGGAAAUAUAUUUCCCUUACCGAGGAAACCCCUAGUGAUGUUGAAUCAUGCUGCAUUUGUCAGGAAGAGUAUGUCGAAGAGGACGAGGUCGGAAGACUGGACCGUGGGCAUGAUUUCCACACCGCUUGCAUAAAACAGUGGCUGAUGAUGAAAAACUUGUGUCCUGUUUGCAAAACUACAGGCAUUGCCAACAUCAAAUGAGAGAAGAAUAUAUGCACAUUGCAAAAUUAAUUGAAGAUGUCGUUGGUACGACAAUAGCUUGGCCAUCAGACAAAGUUGUUAUGCUUUAAAAAGCUGCAGUACUAGUACUCAAUUUCUGAAGAUGAUGAGUCUCCCAAGUCAUAUGUAAUGCAGCAAAGUUAAUUUUUGUUGUUCUGUGUACUAUGGUUAAUUUCUUGUACUCCAUGUUGGAUUAUCCAAAGACUAGUAUUUGUUUUUUGGCACAUUUGUGUUGACUCUUCUUGUAUGCUACAACUUGGUUAUGUAUCA